AGUUGCUAACUGUCCGCCGACGAGUUUGCAGGUUCGCGCGUCGCACGCAAUUGUAUCCGUUGUUUGCCAAAAUUCCGAGAAAUACUGCCCGGAGAAUUGUGCGCUGGCUGAUUUUUCACUUUAUUGAUCCACCACUGCGAGCUGUAGGCACUUUUCUGCACCAGACCUGAAGGCUUCAAUCGCGGAGUGAAGGUGGCAUGAGAUCAGCUUUGCAAACGUGCCUCAUCACGCAAGAAAUUUCUGUGAAAGUGCUAAAAUUUUCGCUGUGAAAUAGCGGUGCUCUUUGCGAAGAGUUGGUUCUUGGAAUGUCUUAUUAGUUUGCAGUUAACUCACAUAUGUGCACAAUGAUAACAUUCUACACAUCACAGUUCGCGAAAUCCCAUCAAGGUGUGAGAUGCAUCAGUGAGUUCUUGCAGAGAAUUGGCGGUAUCUGACUCUUUAUCUGCGGCGACUGCACUGCCAGACCUUUUAUCAUUUUAGACGACUGUUGAAGGCGGUCAUCCGCGAUAAGACAACCGACACUGUGAACAUUUCAGUGAUUCAAGCGUAUAGUGAAUGUGAUUGAUAUAAUUUUAGCAAAUUGUGAUACACAAUUCAUCGGAAAUGUCCAAAUUUUCAGUAAAAUCAGUUGUGAAGUUGGAGUUGGCACUCUUUUUUCUCGUGGACGCAAUGAGCAGAGUGGCGGGAAUCGAUCACUGCUCAUCUCACCUCUUUGCUGGCAACAGCACAAACACGCAGUUCACCAAGGAAGUGGUUAACCACGAGUAUGCUGUUCUAAAUCAAUUUAAGAGUCUGCAUUGCUGUGCCAAAGGAUACCGCAGUAUUGAAUGGUUCAAGGAUGGCAGACCGUAUCCGUGGUCCGGGGAUGUUUCCACACUCAUCUUGUACCCGGAAGCCUCCAAUCAGACCAUCUAUACGAGGCAUGCCUCCUUCGUGGACAACGGAAACUACACGUGCGUAGUGAGCAACGAGACUAUGAAGCUGGAACAGCACAUGAGCCUCGUGGUUCAAGCCAACUCCCCGGACGCUCCGCUGCCCACGUACAGGCCCAAGGAUCAGACGGUGCCUCUGGGCCACACAGCGCGAUUCUACUGCGAGGCAUUCGUGGGGAAUUUGGGACUGCCCGACGUCAACAGCGACAUUUCGUGGUACAGGGUGUACGAGAGGGAACAGGUUCCGGUGUCGGAGGACCAGCAGAAAGUCAUCCGCAGGGAGGAUGAUCAAAACAUCGGCGCGAUACUGGAACUCAGCAACGUGGACGUGAAGAGCUAUGGGCGAUACAUGUGUCGCAUAGAGAUGGGCAAUGCCGCCCACAGAUUCGAGAUGUCCGCGUGGCUGUUUGGCCCGCCUGUGAAGGCGGACGAGUCCUCGGGAGCCCUGCUUCAGUUCCUCGCCAUUGUCCUGGCGUGCAUGGCAUUCGUCGUGCUCCUCACAGUCUACAGAUACGCGCCCAAGUGGCGACAGGCCAGCCGAAAGAAGUCCAAUCAGAGCAGGAUGGAUUCAGCAGAGAAAUUCAAUAUACCCACGAGGCCGUAAUGACCUUUUCUAGAAUGUGUUACUGAACUCAACAUUUCCAAAUUCACAUCAUGUAGAAUUGGCGGGAGAAGAGCAUGUAAAAAAUAUUGAUGGUAUUCCUAAAACAAAAAAGAAAUCACUUUCUGCAUGAAGAAAGGCUUGCAUAAUGCUCUGUUUUGAUUGAUAUUUCCUUGAGGCGACCUAGAGCAAAGCGCUAACGUAGUUUUAUUUUAGCAUGAUGAUAGGGAAGAAUCUGAAUAUACCAGAAAAAUGCCAAAUUUUUCAGAUCAUUUCAUCUUGAAGGUUCACCAUUUCAUUUAAUCUGCCGCUUCACUGUCUGACCUGACCUUUUUCCAGUAAACAGCAAAAUAAGCAAAACAUCGAGUAAAUAUUUACUUAACUGUUGCAAGAAAUUAAAGAAUUAAAUGACAUAAGUACAGGAAGAAAUGUACAUCAAGUGUAAAAAAUGCUAGAGUAAACGUUUUCAAAAUUCUAUUAGAGAAAACACGUGUAAGUAACUGCGUGAAACUAAACAUUUCCAUCUCGAGAAGGUAUAAUUAAAUUUGAUUGAAGCUUCUGAGUCACGCUUCUAUUGUUUUCGAUUUAAUAAGUAAAAGAAUUAACUUAUUUUCACUUUCCACAGAGAGGAAUCUUUCGAAAUUAUACAGGUUGAUAGUAGAAUUUAUUUAUGUUAAGUUAAAUAUUUUUACAAUUGUGUGAAUAUACUUUUAUACUAUAGAACAAUUAAAUAAAUGAUGAAUGAA